CCACUGCAUCUAUUUGAGCACCUUGAUCAGAGAGAGAUUCAAUCAGGCAUGGUAAAUCAACACGUUUCGGCUUUUUUCUUUUGAAUGACGACAUUUUUUACAACUAGCAUCUCAGUAGUUUGAAAUGGAUUAUCAGCGCUGUAUUAUCUCAUGUCCUUUGAGAAUACUUUGCCUUUUUAAUCUGGUUUGCUCUGUGUUGUUGUCUAGCUGUCCUCGUACCUGUGACUCAGGCUUCAUCAUUAACAAGUGUAAGUGUGUCCCUUGUCCCGAUGGCUACUACUGGUACACGCUUAAUGGCCGUCCUAAGUGUGACUUCUGUACUGAAGCCUGCUCAGUUGAUCGGCACUUGACACAGGUGAAGGAAUGCCACCGGGACUCAAACCGUGAGUGCCACUGUGACAGGGGCUUUUUCUGUGCCAGCACUGCCCAAUAUACCUGCAGGAGGUGUAAACCGUGCGUGUCUGGCACCUUCUCCAACACAGCAAACCUAGCCAUGUCCUGCAAACCCCACACAGUUUGUGGCCAUAAGGGAAUGACCAUGGUAACAGAGGGCACUGCCUCUCAGGAUCGUGUGUGUGCCCAGACUUCCCCCGCCUCCCCUACAACUACUGCACCUCCACCUGCUCAUAGCUCAAAGAUGUCCCUUCGUUCUGCUAUAUCCAGUGGAGUCAGCACCAACAGAGAACUCCUCAUCACGGGAUCCGCAUCUCGACUGGUUUGGUCUCCUGAGGACUAUCCUACAGCCCCAAUGUACAAAUCUGUAGACCGUUCAUCAGCCGUUCUCAUCAGGUCCUCUCUGUCCCAAGCCAGGAGAGACCCCUCCAUCUCCCUCCCAACAAAGCUCACCACCAGGAGAAAGCCCUGCAAGGUGGACAGUGACACCUCACCUGCAGAGUCUGCCUCUGCACCCCCCCUUACCACAAAAGACAAUGACUCACCUCAUCUACCAGUCCCAGCCUCUAGACAGAGCCCUCCCAGUCUCCCUUUGCUGCUGCUGAUAGUUGGGCUCCUAGGGGUCACUCUGCUGCUGGUUGGUUACUUUGUGGGGUGUAGGGGGAGGUCACUGGAGUCCAUGCACAAGUGGAAAGGUCCAAUAUUUGGGAAAUAUAUUUGUAAGGAAAGUCUAAGAGGGAGCUAUAAAGCGUGGGAGUGCCAGCCUUGUCCUGCUGCCCUACAGACGGCUUCCUAUAAGCAGGCCAAGCUGCCACAGGAGAGAAUCCCACACCUGGAGGCCCAGCAUCUUCUGGGGAGGGAGACUGGGGGAGAUCCUAGACGGGAGGGUACAGGGUCGCAACCUCCAGGGGGCAUGCAGAAUGUCUCAGUAGACCCCUCUGGAGGAGAAAACAUUAGCAACAUAGUGGGGUCCAUAUACAUCUACUCUCCAGGGACGGUUGUCCUGGGAUCCAACAAAUCAGAGAGGGAGGGGGAUCAAGGGGAGAGUAUAGGAGAGGGCUGUCCCCUCACCAGCAAGCCCCAGCAGGAGUCCUCCUACCCCCUCCCUUGGGGCUCCGCUCUGGGGCCAGAGAGAAUGAGUACGCCGAAGGAUACCUGCAAAGAGCUGAGCUACCCCGUCCCAGCCACCAGCAAUUGAAAACUAGAAAAAAAUGGAAAUUGAGGAUUAAUUUAGGGAAGAGUGUGAGGGGGAGCAAGUUCAGUCAAUAUCAUACGAUCUCUGAGAGAGUGGAGACUGAAUAUUAUUUGCUACUGUAAAGACAGACUGAAUUGCAAAAUCCACAGGGGUCUAUGGGCCUUCUAUUAUUAAAGAGUGACAACUUGUUUGAACUGUAUGUUAUGGUCUUACUUCACAGCAGCAGUACUGGGACAGUACCUAAGAGAGGAAUGCAUGUUCUGUUUGAUAUGCGGUGAUGACGCUGUGAGUUGGAGUUUCCCAUGCUAGGGUACAUGUUCACAAUGGCGCCAGACAGUGUGAGAGCUGCCCUCAGCGUUCUGCUCAAAUUAAACUGUAUCAACCACAGAAACCACAAAGACAAGCACUUCAUACGAGGUGUGAAGUAACUUCAAUAACCAUGAUAGUUGGGGUGUAAAGAGCAUACCAUUUUCAUUGUGAAGUUAUACAUGGACUGUCUGGGCAAUUUAUACUCAAACAUAGCCAUGUUCAGCAUAGGGCAUAUUUUCAUUUUAAUCAUUUUAAUGACAGCAUCACAUGAUGACAAUUCUACAAGGCUACUGCCUUAAUGUCCUCUUACAGGGAUGAGCAAUAAUCAUACAAUUCUCUUUCAAAUAAAAUGAUCCACAUUUGCAGACAUGAAGCCGCAUAUAAUUGCUAUGUUAUCAGUAGCCUACAUCUGGUCACAAGCAUUGUUCUGUGAAUUUAUGUUCAAGACAUUGCUAAACAGUAAACUACAUGUAUGAUCUCCAGUCUGUUCCUUGACAGAAAUAGGAGAAUAUCAAAUUAGGUGUCAAAUGAAAGCUAAGGGUCUAUAUUUUUGGUAAAUGAAGGCAUAGAUACAUUUUUCAACCAUUUCCAUCUUAAAGGCUAGGCAUAAGUAAAGGCAUUGAUUUCUGGACAAACCAAUGGAAAAGAGGUCUUA